AUGUCAUCAGAACGUAUCCCAUCCAUUAAGCUGCUGGAGUUACAGCCACCAGUGAACUCUAAGGAAAAUCAGAAUCCAGUAAACUUACAAGGAAUGGACCUUAGUGACCUGCAACACAUGUCUUACAUGCUGAAACAACUUAACAUAGAUAGUGAUAGUGAAAUGGGCAAUUCAGUGAAAACGGAUGGCAGCUUGGAGGAUUUAAAAACACUCUGUAUUUCUAUUCUUGUCAUCGUCAACGUGUUUUACUGUUGCAGAGGUGGUGAAUAUUUAGUUAAUUCGGCGUCAGAAGUUUCUACCGCCAUAUAUGAUGCACCGUGGUAUGAAUUACCGAACCAGUACAGGAAAGAUCUAAUAUUUAUAAUGUCAAGAUCCCAACGUGUAGCAUACGUGACCUCCACGAGUUAUAUAAAGAUAUCGUUGAAGACAUUUAUACGGAUUAUGAACAUGACCUGGUCAUUCAUCUCCCUCAUAACUACAGUUUACGACACAAAGUAAAAAGAAAAUUUGAAGUUUUAAUAACUCUUGCACUUUUUGCACUUUUUGCACUCCCUCCAUUUGCCUGG